AUGGAGGAAUAUAAUCACAGUUUAACUAGCCCAUUGAUCGCAAUCACUUCUGGCUUGGCUGCUGCUGCCUGGCUUAUCCUCUUUAUUGGCGCUUGUGUAGCCGCUUUCCAUGGUGUCGCUUGGUUCAUCAUCAUCUAUGAGCUCGUCUUUGUGGUUGGUGUUAUCAUCUUGCUCGGCAUCGGCUUAUUCAACCGUUACAGAGAUAUGAUCUAUCUCUUUAUGGCUGUCAGUCUUGUCUAUUUAACUUGGCUCUGUCAAUGGACAUUGGACAACAACUGGAUCGGUGGCGCCAGAGCUGCAACUGCCGGUGCUGUCAUUUUGAUCAUUGUUGAGUUCAUCUGGGCUAUUGAAUUAACUGCUCCUGGUGGUGGUACUUUUAUGAGCGGUGGCAGCUUCAAGGGAGUCAAUGAAAAGACUGCUCACUUUAGCCACAGAUUCUCCAAUGCUGUCCGUCCCAGCACUGGCACCCAUGAGAAGAAGCCCUUGCCUCGUCGUUUCGAUGAGGAAGCUGGUGAUGAUAUCGUAGAUGGUGCUGACACCUUUGAACAAGCGACUGCUUUGCAUGAUUACCAAGGAAGUCCCGAUGACCCCAAUGAACUUUCAUUUGAAAAGGGUGAAACCAUCGACAUCUUGGAUAAACGUGGUAAUUGGUGGCAAGCGCGUAAAGCCGACGGUUCUACUGGUAUUGUUCCCAGUAACUAUUUCUAA